CAUGUCCCGGACAUGUUGGUGAACCGGGUGUGUCUCGUGUUUAUGACUCAUCACCAACUUUCAUCUCUGCCUUCAGUCGGACGCGCCACGAACUGGAUCUAAAUGCUCCGCGUGCAGACCCCAUGAACAUGCAGAACCAGAACACCAAGCAGACGUCCUCACAAACCAGUACGCCCCAGAAACCGGUUCUUCCACAGGUCUGGUACCAUCCCUCAAUCCAUGCUCCAGGAGGCGGAGCUUCAGCCAGAACCAGCCAAACUCAGAGGACUAGACCAAAAGCUGCGGACCUUCCUCAGACUAGGGCUGACACCAAGGCGGUCCAGAAGAACCAGAACACAAAGCAGAGUUCCUCACAAACCAGUAUGCCCCAGAAACGGGUCCUCCCUCAGGUCCAGUACCACCCUUCCAUCCAUGUUCCACAAGGUCAAGCUUCAGCCAGAACCACCAGGAAAACCAGAACCAGCCAAACCCAGAGGGCUGGACCUGGACCUGCGCAUCCCCCUCAGACCAGGACCAUCACCAAGACAGUCCAGGAGAACCAGAACAUUGAGACUCGUCUUCCAACUAGACCAGGUCCUGAAGCAGCUGCAGUGCAUCCAGAUCCUCGUCAUGAAGAGGCACAUGGAGACGGAGCUCCUCCCAGACCUGAGCAGGUCCCUCUGGACCUGAGGGUCCACCUGGACAGGUGUGUGGUGGAGAAGGUGGAAGCUCUGACCCGUGGACAGAGACUGAACCAGGACUGGUUUGCCUGGCGGAAGAACCGGAUCACGGCCUCAGUAGCUCACUGCAUUGCCCACAGCCGCUUCGCUAACGGGAAGAGCCAAACCCCGCCCCCUUCCUACCUGGCUGCAAUCACAGGUGAAGGAGCCAGAAUCCAGACCCGAGCCAUGAGCUGGGGGGUCCAGAUGGAGGCUGAGGCAGUCCGACAGUACCAGCGGCUGAAGUCGGCGGCGCUGGGCCGGCAGGUCCAGGUUCGGGACUGCGGCCUCUUCAUCGACGCCCACCGACCCUGGUUGGCCGCCAGUCCCGACGGCAUCGUGACGGACGGACCAACCGGCCAAUCGCUGCUCUGCUUGGAGGUGAAAUGUCCCUUCAAACAUCGACACCGACGGCUGGAGGACGCCUGCAGGGACGACCCCGCCUUCUGUCUGGAGGUCCAGGACGGGCAGGAGCCGGGUCAGCCUCCAUCCUACCGUCUGAAGACGUCUCACAGCUACUUCACUCAGAUCCAGUGUCAGCUGGCGGUGACGGGCCUGACCCGGGCCGAGCUUGUCGUCUUCACCCUGAAGGAGACCGCUAUCGUCCCCGUGACCUUUGACCCUGAGCUGUGGGAGGACACGCUGUCCAAACUGGAGACGUUCUACAGGGACGCUGUCCUGCCUCAGAUCAGGAAGAAGAAGGAGCAGGACGGAGCCCAGAGUCCAGAACUGUAGGCUCCGGCUCCGCAUUUACCACAACGCAGCCAACCACGUCUGGACUCACAGAGACCAGAUCCAGAACAAACUGGGACCUGAUUGCUGAUCAAAAGUUAUCGGUUUCUGUUCCGACAUAAUAAACCGAGUGAUGACUCUGUUCAAUAAACCAGCUGUGAUCAUCACAGCGCCUCCCGCUGGAACCUCACAUCCAGACCCAGAUCGUAGUCUUCCUCAGCUCAGCUGGAUGAUGGACAUCUUCGUUUCUUCCUACUUUUGAGAAAAAGAGGUUUUUGGGUUGGACACUAGAAGUUUCCAGAUGAAAGUGGUCUGGGGUCUGGAGGACCUGCUGGUCCACACAUUGAGUUGCAGUUUUUCAAUAAUCCACUAGGUGGCACUGUCGCAGAAAAACCCCUCAGGGGCCUGGACGUGCAGGUCUCCGGGCUUCUGGCUUAAUAAAUAGGAAAUCCAUGGAGUUUGUUCUACAUUUAUUAGAUGACUCUGGGAAUCUUCUGACUCGGCCGGUUCAGGUUUAAUAAGGUAAUAAAAACCUUUAACGCUGAUCUGAAGCAGCUGGAACGUGUUCGUCCUACAGCGACAGAACCAUCUUUAAAAAUCACAGCUUGUACGUUUGUGGACGAAAACUGUAACAACUCAUUUCUAAGGACCUCACAAAACGGGAUUUUCCAUCUCGACUGAAAAGAAAACGUUUGUUUAGCUCCCAACUUUCCUCCCAAAUGUCUCCUCUAACGGUUGAAAUGAUCCGAGGAGACUUCGGCGAACGUUCACACCAAACGAGUAAUAAUGUAAAAAUAUAUAAACUAUCAAAGGCUCCGCUGUUGUCCAGUCGUAGACUCAUUAACCCCUUAAAAUCCACAAAUACCAAAUAUUACAGAGUUAAUGCCACCGUUUAACAAACAUGCUCUAUGUGAUCCCUCAGAUCCUUCAGAUCCCUCAGAUCCUUCAGAUCCUUCAGAUCCCUCAGAUCCUUCAGAUCCCUCAGAUCCCUCAGAUCCCUCAGAUCCUUCAGAUCCCUCAGAUCCUUCAGAUC